GCGUAAAGCGAUGGAAUUAAAUCACGCGCAUAAACCGUUUUGAGGUGUGAGUGUCAAGUGUAGUAUUUAUUCAAUAUGCUUUGAUGAUCAAUAAUACCGCACGAGUCGGGAAAUCUGGCACAGCUCGGCAACAGGGCGCGCGGACACGUGCAUCUAAAGUGCGUGAACAGUUGUGACGUAACAGCGAAGCAUUACAAAUAUAAAUAAUAAUGAUUACAUUCAUCGCCAGUGGGGUUUCGGAAAAUUGGCACAUGCAAAAUAGGAAUUGCGUCUUUUUUUGACAAUGAUCGUCGUCUAGUCGUCUACGGUGUAGUCUGAAUUGUGGGGCUUUCACCAACACAUCUACCUCUUCUGUCACUCGAUGACAAUAGCUGAUCGUUCAAGAUAGUCGAUUUGUUCAUGUUGAAUAGCCCCAUCUGAACGAUCCAAAGAUGGUAGCAGUAUUAUCUCGAUUCGUCGCGUUCACGAAUCGCCACCCUGUGAUAAGAGGUAUGCUAUCCUACGGAACAAUAUGGCCGACAUCUUGUAUCAUCCAACAAACAAUUGCUGGUAAAACAUGGGAGAACUAUGACUGGAUGCACGCGCUGAGAUUUAGCUUAUACGGAGCCCUUUUCACUGCGCCGACACUGUAUGGAUGGAUCAGGGUAUCGUCCAUCAUAUGGCCUACGACCAACUUGCGAACUUCCAUCACAAAGGCCUUAGUUGAACAGCUAACAUACGGCCCCGCAGCUUUAAUUUGUUUCUUCUUCGGUAUGAGCUUACUCGAAGGUAAAUCAGUACCAGAAGCCAGAAAGGAAGUGGAGGCUAAAUUCUUGCCAACUUGGAAGGUAUAUACUAUCGAAACUUGCAUCGUGCUUGCAUUUUGACUUUCUAAUCGCAUUAAUAGAGAUUUUAGAUUAACCGAACUACUAACAGUUUGAUUUUUCUUGGCUCUAACCCUCUAUUUUAGGUGGGAGUUUGCGUAUGGCCCAUAUUGCAAACUGCAAACUUCAACUACGUGCCAGAAAAGAACAGAGUGCCUGUGUUAAGCAUUUGCAGCUUGAUGUGGACUUGCUUUUUAUCGUACAUGCACGAACUGAAAAUGAAGCAAGUGGAACAAAAAGGACGCGUCCCAGAAAAGUAUGAUUUUCUGCAUUUUGUUUGAAUCUUGAUCUAAUAUAUCCCUAAGACUCUAUUGAAAUAUAACAAAUCUCCAGCAUACGGGGUGUGUGCACCCCUCUACGUUUUUUUUAAAGCGCCAGAGUGUGGAAAAUUACAUGAUAUAUUGCAAAGUGACGUAUGAUAUAAUUUUGCCUGGAAACAAAAAUUGAUUUUUUAACGUUAAUAUUUUGUUUGCAAUUUAUUUCUCUUUCAAAAAGUUUCACACUUUUCUCGAGAGGAGUUGCUCUCAAAA